AAAAAUAAUACAAAUCUAAAAACUCAAUGUGGAUUUUUUUUUUAAAGGGGACGGAGGUAGUAUUAGUUAUAUAAUAACAAAUCGCGUGAAUGGUGAGGGGAGAUUGUUUGAAGGAGAUAGGUUUGCAUGUAGAUCUUGUUCACAAAUGGCACUUGGUGCUCUUGAUUAUAAGUAUGACUCCGUAUCUUAGUCCUCUUGUUUAGUUUUACAUAGGAUAUCAUUAUAUAUUUGGUUUUGGUAUGUUGGUUUUGUCAUGUAGGGACCAUCUUGGUAUGUCAUUUAGUGAAGCUGCAAAGUUUGCCAGAGUUGCAACUUGCUGGUCUGUAUAUCCAUCUGAUGAUGAAGGUAGUGGAAGUGAUGAAGCUAGUGAAAGCUGUGGUGCUUUUAUCAGUGUUUACCAUGUAGGAGCUGGUGGUUGGGGUGAGGUCUCUGAAAACGAUGAAGAUCUUGAAGAAGGGACAGCACACAACUGAUGAGUGAUGACAACUUCUUCAUGCCGGCCUACAGUAUCUAGUUAUUGCAGUAUCUUUUGCGUUUUGAAUGUUGCACACAUUUCCUAUCCAUAUCUAAUGCUUGUCUAGUAGUUGUGCUUAUGACCAUUGGGAAACUUGGGACUAGCAGACACACUAAACUAUAUUUAUGCCCUUUGGAAAAUUUCUAAUUAGCAACCAUGUUUGUAUUUUGGCUUAAGGGUUUUCUGUCGGAGAAUGGACUGCAUUGCCUCAUAGUUUUCGGCUGCAAAAAGUGUAUUCUUCUACUAGUUUCUAAUAUCGUUUGAGUUUCGACAGACCGUUCUACCAGGAACAACUAGUUUGAUUCUUGAAGAUUCCAAACAUGAAGCAAUUCUUGCGAGCAUAAUAAUCUGUUGAAAGAUGACAAGUGAAUUAAAAUUAUGUGAAUUCAGUCGUGAUUGGCCUGAGCUCUAUGUACAAUGGCCCGACCUCUUGAUGAAUAUUUGGAUUAUAUUCCUGCUAUAAUUUCUCGGCGUUUGGUCUUUGAUUCCCGCAUAAAGAUAAAAUAUAGCCCAAUAGAAAGAAAGUAAGAUAUAAAAAUCAGUAUCGUUUGAGCUCUUUGGUAUGGGCCAAUUCUUCUUCGGGGGUUAGCCUGUUUUAACCAUCCUUAAUAUAUUUCAUUGGUUCCAGUCAGUUAAUCGUGCUUUUGAAGAACAAUAGAUGAAUGUUGUUGUGCCUUUUUUGUUCUGGUUAUGAUUGUUUUUCCUUGUUGACGCUUCAUUUUUAAUUUUUUCUCAUUGAUCAGAACUGUGGGAAAAAGGAGGAGUAAUUGAUUGGCGUGCUGUUGUUCUGGAGCUAUGGUCCUGUUAUUCAGGUUGAUUAUCUCAAUCCUUGCAAUCUGUUCAAUCCGUGUUGCUUCAAUGCCAAAACAGCGGAAAGAAUUCUGGUUCCUUCUUAACUGUUGUUGAGGAGUCCAGCAUUGUAUUCAAUGAGUCCGUCUAAUCAGGCAUUUCCGACCGGAGCUGAUAGGGAGCUGAAACAAGCUGCUGCAGCCUGAUAAAUUGUGGUGCCUUUAAUGCUUGAUUUGUUUUUCUUUUUUACCAAAAAGAGUGGUUAUUUUGUUCAAUAAGCCAACAAUAUUGUUCUCAUGUUUCCUCGAACUACUACUUGAGUAGACUAUCUAUGUAUUUUGCAAGGAAUACAACUUUAAUGUGUACAAGUCUGCAAUGUGGUUAAACCAUUUUUAUAGUGUUUAAUAAUUUGAUUGUUUGCUGAAGAAUCAUCAAAUAAUGAUGAUGCUCAAUUGCAGAGAAGGGUAUCCCCUGUGAAGAAAAAAGUUGAGUAUUCAAAUCGAUUAUUUUGUGAAUGUAGUUGGCAUUAAGCCUUAGCCUCAAUCUCAAUCCUAGCAAUCUGGUGAGUUUUCCUUCUCAAGUGUUGAUCGGAGUCCAGCAUUUGAUUUUUACAAUGAGUCCUUUAUAAUCCCCUCCUGGGGAGCCAAGUUUUUUUUAAUAUAUAUACUUGGGAAGCAGG